CAUCUUCCUCCUUUACCCUCGGACCCCAACUUCUCUCCGUUCGUCUUCGAUUUACAAUCUUCAUCUCACUGUUCUGUUUUCAAGAUUCAAUAGCUAUCCAAAUUUCUCCAACUUUUGAAGUUUUUAUUUGUAAAUGUUUUUAAUCGAACCAGAACAGGCAAAACUCCGCAAGAGGGUCUAGUUGAGAGGGAUAUCAGUACAAGGGAAGGAAGCAAAUAUCAGUUUAUUGGUUGGUUUUCUUGCCUGAGCUUGCACUACGCUAUGCAACUGGCAUUACGUAUACUUCUUACUCAAUUGGAGUUUUGAAACGUUUUUGUAUGAGAAGAUAAGGCUGAAAACAAUGUAUGGAAGAUCAGGUCUUGAUCGUUUUAAAAAAGCUGAGACUUUGGAACCAUUCUCAGUUAAUACAAAUUCAGCUACUAAAUCAACCACAUCGGCGUCUACUAAUGCAGCUCUCCGUUCCACAGCUCCAAUUAAUAAUCCUCAAACAUCUUAUCCACAAACCAAUUACCUAAAUCAACACAAUGUUUUGCAAAAAACCGGGGGCCCGGAUAUGGCCUCAGCUGUAGUGCCUACUCAGCACAUGACUCAGUUUGGAGGAGGCCAGUCGACCUGGCAGCCUCCUGAUUGGGCUAUUGAGCCACGACCAGGUGUUUAUUAUCUUGAGGUUUUAAAGGAUGGAGAGGUUCUUGAUCGGAUUAAUUUGGAUAAGAGGAGGCAUAUCUUCGGUAGGCAGCUUCCAACUUGUGAUUUUGUCCUGGACCAUCAAUCUGUCUCGCGCCAACAUGCUGCUGUUGUUCCUCACAAAGAUGGAAGUAUAUAUGUAAUUGAUUUGGGGUCAGCACAUGGAACGUUUGUUGCAAAUGAGCGAUUAACCAAAGAUUCUCCUAUUGAGCUUGAGGUUGGACAGUCUCUGCGGUUUGCUGCAUCUACGAGAACUUACAUAUUGAGGAAGAAUAAUGCUGCUCUAUUCCCUCCACCUCCAAAACCUGCAGAAAUUGAAUUACCUUCUCCUCCGGAUCCUUCAGAUGAAGAAGCGGUUUUGGCUUAUAACACAUACGUUAAUCGUUCUUUGAAUGGGUUGACACGGCCUGACAUAUUAUCUAAAUCCACAGGAUCGAGUAGCUCAUCAGGUGGAAAGGAUGAUAGUCGGCUAAAUGAGAGAGCGCCAAAGAGAAUUAGGAGAACCAGAGUGGCAUUUAGAGAUCAGGUUGGUGGGGAGCUGGUUCAAAUUGUUGGGGUUUCAGAUGGGGCUGAUGUAGAGACAGAACCUGGUCCUAUGGGUGUUAAAGAAGGAAGUCUUGUUGGAAAAUAUGAAUCCCUUGUACAAAUCACUGUAAUACCGAAAGGGACAGAACAGACCUCCUCUGUGAAGGAAGUCUCUGUCUCCCAAAUAGGCGUGACAGAGAAACUUCAACAAGUUUUGAAUAAGGUCAAGACUCCUUCGAAGAGUGGUGGAAUGUAUGAUGAUCUUUAUGGAGAAUCAUUUUCUGGCAAAGUAGGUUCUUCUUGGGCAUUAUCAACUGCUGGAUCUGGUGGUGGACAAGCUUCUCCCAGUAAACAUGCUGAAGGAAAUGCUCCCAGUUCUGUAAGUGAAAAUCCAAAAGUUAACCCUGGAGAUAAUGAUGACGACAAUGAUGAUGAUCUAUUUGGCUAGGCAGAAUGAGCUGUUUAUUUGUGAAUUAAGACGAGAUGAUGAUGCUAAUCAAGAAGAGAACAUUUUUUAUUUUGAUUCAGCAACAGGUACUGUCCCUUGGAUGGAAAUUUUUGUUGUACUUUAUCUUCUUACAACCUGUCAUGUGUCUCCAUGAACCUUUGAUUUGAUCAUAAAUUGUGGGCCUGAAUUUCUACAAGGAGGAUUUUGAAGAGGAUUCUUGUUAUAUAUUGGAACAUGAUCUUGUGUUAAGUUAUAAAUUAAUUAAAUUUUCUUUA